AUGCUACACUUACGCAGAGAAAGGCAAAGGUUUGGUAACCUCCAAGCGAUCCCCACCCCGUCUCCGCAUUCGAGCCCUGCCAUGGAUACCUCUGACCUUGUCCGAAAGAACGCCCUAACCCUCAUCGGACGCCUAACGGACCCAUCUGAGCAGCGGAUGAGAACAAUGCUGCCUUACUUCUCCAACAAAUGGGAACUGCGAGGAAACAUAACCGGAGCGGACCUGGGAAAUGCCUCCUUCCCAUCUCAGAUCCCCUUUUGGAUCUCACUCAGAGGACUACCACUUCAUUACUGGAAGAGAGAACUUCUGGAGGACAUUGGAGACAAACUUGGAGACCUCAAAUCCUAUGAACUCACUUCCACAGCAGCAAAAAUCAGAGUCGAGAUUGAUGGACUCAAACCUAUCACAAAGGAGGUUGUUGUGGAAUUUGAAGGAGGCCAGGAAGCGGUUGUUACCCUUGAGUAUCAUAAGUACUGCUCUUUCUGCCUCAGGCUUACCCAUGAGGAGGAAGACUGCCCUGAAAACCCUAGAUCUCGCCUGAACCUCCCACCUACAAAAACCCUAAGCCACGGGACAGCAAACCACCUAAAACCCCCCUUCUUCACAAACCCUAGAGAUUCAGCGCCUAACCAAUACCAAGACAGACCUAGGGCAGUCAGACUAGAACGGUCUGCUACUAGACACAUCCCUAGUAACCACUCUCCCCCCAGAUCCACCAACAACAACCGGGAGCAGACCAGACUACCUUCAAACCAAAGCUACCACAGAACAACUAUCUCUCCCCCCUACCAGAGGGACCGCUGA